GAUACACUUGUCAGAAUAAGUUAGGUUGCGUAUAUUUGCUCGUUGGUGGAAAAGAAUAUAUAUUUUAUCCCGGGAAAAAUAAUAUAUUGUACUGAUUACAGCUUGUUUGUUAGUGUUUGUACUUUUACUUGUUGUUGAUAGGGGAUUAUGUUGUGUUGCGUGUAAAUUUUUGUUUAUGCUUAUGUGCAUUUUGAAAAUAAGUGCAAUGACGAUUUUCAGCAAAAACCUGUACAGAGAAGUACAACUAAAUUAAAAUUGGCAGUUAUACAAGUUUUUUUUACAAAAUAGUAAAAAAAAAAAAAAAAAAAAAAAAGUUCUUAACAAUAUAAAGUACAAGUUUUCUCAGUAUAAUUAAAAAAAAUAUAUAUACAAGAUUGAAAAAAAAAAUGCAAAUGUUGCAUAGAAAUUCCAAUGUGAUCAAGAGAGAAACUAAAAGAUCGCUGCAGGUGUUAUUAUUUCUUAGUCCAUCAUUCUCGGAUAAGGUACGAUCCAAUUUAAGCAGUUUUAAAAUAUUUUCACGGAAGGAAUCAAGUUUUGUGCCAAAGCGAGUUCUUGUCUUGACGAAGAUUUCACGAUAUCAGUUUGAAAAAAUGCGCGAACCUGACCUCGAUGAAUCUCUCCUCAGGCUUAAAUUGAAAGAAAGAGGUUCCGAUUACGAGGCAAUGCUCACCAGUCACUAUAGGAAUAAAGCUGCAGAAUUGCGAACAACUGAGGUUCUCAGGAAUCUCAAUAUAGAAUACAAAAUUAUGGAUAGGCUGAGUAUAGAUAGUUCAAGUGUGGCAUGGGCUGAUUUAAUUUUGCCAGUUGGAGGUGAUGGAACAUUUUUAUUGGCCUCCAAUUUAAUAACUGACAAUAAAAAACCAAUAAUGGGCAUUAAUUCUGAUCCUGAAUCGUCGGAGGGAUUUCUUUUAUUGCCAGCAAAAUAUACUGAGGAUAUACCGGAAAUUUUUCGUAAAUUAAAGGACGGUGAAUAUAAAUUUGCCAUGAGAAGGAGGAUUCGAAUUACAUUGAAAGGUGACAAUAUUUGGGGACCUCCAUCUCAUUUACAUGAAAAAUGUCGAACGUCAUCGAAUCAAAGGCUUUAUUUUGAGAAAGAAGAGGAUAUGGUAGAUACAACUCAGGAGCUUCCAGAAGAGAGACGAAUUCCGUGGUUAGCUCUGAACGAAGUAUUUAUAGGCGAAAUUUUAUCAGCAAGAACGAGUUCCCUACUUGUUAAAUUGGACGAUGAGGAACAAUAUCACAAAAUCAAAAGUUCAGGUUUAUGUGUAAGCACGGGAACAGGUUCAACAAGUUGGUUCAGAUCGAUAAGUUGUCUAAGUCCACAGACAGUUAAGGAAGUUUUAUCUUUUGCGGAACCGCAAAAAAUUUAUCUCAACGAAGAAGUUGAAAAGAUUUGUUCCGAGUACAAUAAUAGGUUGCAAUUCUCGGAAGAGGACGGCAGAAUGAAUUAUGCAAUUCGCGAUAUGAUUGUCUCGGAAACUUGGCCACUGCCAAAAAGUAUGCAUCCAAGAGGAUUUUGUAUGAAAGUAAUGGUUCGAUCAUUGUGUCAUGAUUCUGCGCUUGUUAUUGAUGGCGGUAUCUCCAUUCCUUUUCCAAUGGGAACCAUAGCAAUUUUAGAAACUUAUCCCGAAGAUUCACUACGAAAUGUCGUCUUAGAAUAACUACAAAUGAAAGAGUUAAUGCACAUUUUAUUGGAAAGAAAAGCCAUUCACAAGGCAUUCUAAAUGUUUAUUUCUUUUUGUUACAAAGACUACUUAUAUAUUUUCUACUUAAAAAAAAACAAACAACUCUUUCGACUCGAGAUCACGAAAGUCUGAUUUUGUAUAUAAUUUAUAUAAAUAUAUAAAUAAAAAAUCAGUGUGUUCUCGAUGAAAAAAUAAUGUGAUAAAGCCGGUUGCAGGUUUCAAUGAAAAGAAAUUUACAAUAUUUAAUUUUUAAAAAUAGAGAUUUUUUCAUGUACAGAAGUGUGUUCUUUCUUUCUUCUUCUUUUUUUUUUAUUAAUCUGUAUUUUUAAAGUUACGGUAAUUUGCACGUGUUUAUAAUGCACGAUACACUUAACACUCCUGUUAUUACUUUUCUUUUUUCUCAUAAAUUUAAUUGAGAAUAUUAUCUAAGAUAUAUUGUUGAAAGAAUAUUAAUAUCCUAAAUGAUUUUUAUAUAUAUAUAUAUAUAUAUAUAUAUAUAUAUAUAUAUAUAUAUAUAUAUGUAAAUGAAAUCAACGUCGACCAAUGUUUAAAAUAUAUAGUAAAUAAUAAUAAAAAGAAAACAUUUAUAUUUUCUGUUUUACGUGUAAUACGAAAUAUUAACAUCGAACGUUGUAGAAAUUUGUAUAAAACGUAUAAAAUCGUAUCCUUAGGAUUAAAGGAGCAUAUUGGGUAAAUCAUAUUUAUAUAUAUAGGAUGAUGCUUAGGAAAAGAUUUUUAUGUAAAAAAUUUACUUGGUGUUGGUAGAAAAAGUCCAAUUCCAGGUUCUACGUAGUACCGAAAAAUCUACGAUUUUUAUUUUUUAUAUGUACCUAUCCAAAGUAUAUGUAACAAAUUUUGACUUUCAUAUUAUAUGCAAUUUUUUCUGGUAUAAAUAAAUCAAAUUCAUAAAGUAAAA